AUGUCUGACAACCAAUGUGAUACCGAGAGCUUUGAAGAAAUUGAGCCAUCCUGUUGGAGGAGGAAGAGGAGGAAGCCAAAAACAUCUCGUUCUUGUCGGGCAGGCUUGAUAUUCCCAGUUGGUCGCAUCGACAGAUUUCUUCGGAAAGGAGACUACGCGGAGCGCAUCGGGUCAGGGGCCUCCGUUUACAUGGCCGCAGUGCUUCAGUACUUGACCUACGACUUGGUGGAUGUCGCCGGAAACAUUGCUGCAGGUGAUCAUCGGGUUCGAAUCACCCCUGGGCAUUUACAUCAAGCGGUCAGCAAUGAUUCUGAACUCCAGUCCCUGUUUGGAGGAGUUCUCGCUCAGGAGAAGGACUGGCCAAGGAAUCAAUCUGCUGCAGCCGCCAGAAAGGGGAAGAAAUCUAGCAAGACUGUACGAGCUCAAAAUGCCAUUGCUACAUAA